AGAGUAUAGGCACAAAAAAACAUAUAUUUAGUCUUGGUAAGUUAUUUAGUAAAGAUAAAACCUUAAAUAUGUACUUCUGGACUUUUCCUCAACUUUUUUUUGAGUCUGUGAGUCGCCGUUUUAAGGGAGAAUAUGUGAAUUCCAACUUUUGAGUAGCCCCGGAACGCACCAUAAAGCAGCAGGUUGGAAUGACACAAGUUAAAAGUACCAAUGAUUAUCACACACAAACACUAGGUGUGGUGAAAUGUGUCCUCUGCAUUUGACCCUUCCCCUUGUUCACCCCCUGGGAGGUGAGGGGAGCAGUGGGCAGCAUUGGCAGCGCCCGGGAAACAUUUUGGUGAUUUAACCCCCCAUUCCAACCCUUGAUGCUGAGUACCAAGCAGGGAGAUGUUGUAGUACAAGAAGUUGGCGUCCCCUUUCAAUUUGACCCCAAAACGAUUAUCACCCACAAGAAGGUGUGGUCACACUUUGUGCCGCCCCUUGACCCCUCCCCACGGUGCAGGCGUUAAAACUCCCGAGUCUUGAUGUCGGCUCUGCAGUCCCAGGGCACAGUCCGCGGCUCCAACGACAGAGCGGCGAUCGGCUCCUCUUCCGCUCACUCGAAGCCUGCCGCUGCAUCCUCGAACAAAAUGCUGGGAUUCGAAGGAAUCGGGACCAUGGACUUCUGGAGGGCCGUGAUCGCAGAAUUCCUGGCCACGCUUCUAUUUGUGCUCUUCGGCGUUGGCUCCACCAUUAACUGGUUCCCAGCUGGGAUGUCUAAUCCUCCGCCGGCUGACCUUGUCCUUAUCUCGCUGUGCUUCGGCUUGGCCAUUGCCACCAUGGUGCAGUGCUUUGGCCACAUUAGUGGUGGACACAUCAACCCCACCGUCACCUUGGCAAUGCUGGUCACCAGAAAGAUCAGCUUGGUGAAAGGGCUACUGUACAUGGUGGCCCAGUUCGUGGGAGGCAUAGCGGGAGCGGGUCUCAUCUUCUUUGUCACACCUGCUGCCUUCAGGGGGGCAUUAGGCGUCUGCACGGUGCACAAAGGCCUGACUGCGGGACAUGGCGUACUCGUGGAGCUGAUUUUAACCUUUCAGCUCGUCUUCACCAUCUUUGCUACUUGUGACUCCAAACGCACAGACCUUGGGGGAUCUGCUAGCUUGGCCAUCGGUAUAUCUAUAACCAUCGGGCACUUGAUGGGGAUUCCUUACACAGGAGCCAACAUGAACCCUGCUCGUACUUUUGGUCCAGCAGUGGUCAUGCUUAAUUUCGAGGACCAUUGGGUGUACUGGGUAGGACCCAUCCUGGGUGCCCUCCUCGCUGCCCUCCUCUAUCAGUACCUGUUCUGCCCGGAGCGUGACUUCAAACCCAGCCCGAGCCAGGUCAUUCCAAAGGACCAGGCCGGCAACUACAGGGAGGUGGACAAGGACGAACACGCCAUCAAGCCGGGCUCCAUGCAGAUGGGCUCCGUGCAGCCCGUCAAGAAGAAGAAGAGAACUGAAAGAAAAGACCCGUCCAACGUAUGAUAACCCCGAGUUUUUUGGCGUCCCGUUGACUCCCCACAUUCCUCUUUUAGGAUCGUUCAUCUUUGAAGCCUUAAUCGUAAAGUCCUGAAGCACUGAACACUUAGAUGAAGGCUUGCAGUACAUUAAAGAGUGUAAGUUCAAGCAGUUUAAUCAUCAACAAGAAUGAAGAAGAACAUUUGGCCUUGUUAGUUUCGGAUUAGUGUCACCUUUAGUACGUGUGAGGACUUCUCCAUGAGAUAAGAAUGUUAACGUGCAACCGACUGCUGCGUUUGUCAGUCCCUCGUUUCCAUCCAUCCAUUUUGUACCGCUUGUCCCUUUCGGUGUCGCGGGGGUGCUGGAGCUUAUCUCAGUUUAUUACAGCUAAUUUGUUCCAGGCCUGCCUGUGGUAAAACAUGUUUCACUAAGCAGGAUUAUUAUUCAUAAAAUAUUUUCAGCUUAAAAAAAACUACCGUAUUUUUCGGACUAUAAGGCACAUUUAAAAUCCUUUCAUUUUCUCAAAACUCGACAGUGCGCCUUAUAACCCGGUGCGCCUGCUGUGCGGAAUCAUUUUGGUUGUGCUUACUGACCUCGAAGCUAUUUUAUUUGGUACAUGGUGAAAAAGUGUGACCAUUAGAUGGCAGUCACACAUAAGAGAUAGGUGCAGACUACAAUAUGACUCAAGUAAACAACUCAACAUUUUAUAUGUUCGAUUGAAAAUAUAGAACAUACACACGGCGCUCAAAAAUCUAUCAAAAUGUUUUAGUACGACUUUGGUAAGCUAUGAAGCCGCACCGCUUGACGGAUUGUACUGUGCUUCAACAUACGGGUAUUAUUAUGGUGUGUGUAUAAGGUAAGACAUUAUAUGCCGUCUUUUUACGCAAUAUCAUGCAAAAGCAACUUUACUUACCUUCUGGUACCUGCUGAUCUGUAUUUGGGAUCUGCAUAAGUGCUGAAAAUUUGCGCAAGUUCGCCUUUGUAGUCUGUGCCGACACGGUAGUCGAUAAGCUUAUUUUUCUCUAUCUUGUUAUGGGACAUUCAUCCUCCACUGUUGCCAUUUCUAAUACAAAGUAGUGUAAAGUUCUUAUACCUGUCGGUAAACUCGCCAUGAAAGCGCUAAAACAUACCGGUGUAGUGAGUUUACAUUAUUCACCCAAGGAACUUUAGUAAAAAGAGUUUUCGGUCGGACGUUUUUUCACAAGACACUUUUCUGGAUAGUGAGCCACGGAUGAGGAGAUGCUGCUCCGUUAUUGAUUGAAGUAAAGUCUGAAUGUCAUUAAAACAGUUAGCUCCAUCUUUUGACACUUCUUCCACUCCCGUCCUUGCACGCUACACCGCUACAACAAAGUUGACGGGGAGAAGACGCUGUCGAAGGUGAGCCACGUAAAUAAGACCACCCACAAAACGGCGCAUCCUGAAGCGACAGUCAGAAAGCGGCUUGAAGAUGAUCUGUAAAACAUAAUCUAUGCAACAUUUUGACCAAAGAACCACCAUUACAUGUUAUGUAGACCACAAGGAAGUGUUUUACAUUUAGAAAAAAAGAUAAUAUGACCCCUUUAAUGCGCCUUAUAAUCCGGUGCGCCUUUUGUAUGAAAAUAGACCUGACUUGACCCGCUCAACUGCAGUGCGCUUUAUAAUCCAGUGCUCCCUAUGGUCCGGAAAAUACGGUAUAUGUUUUGUUAACAUAAUUAGAGCCCUCUAGUUAGCGCUGACACCAUCUGCAGUCAACUUGUCGUUACGACCAUUCUCUGUGUUAGCAUUCGGAGCUGGGAAUGACGUCACCGCAGAGUUGUGAAUGUUCCAUUUACGAUGUCGAUGGCCAUAUCCACGAAAGUCAAUUUUGCGAUUGCCUUGUCUGAAUAUAAAGAAGUUAUGGGAAAAUAUGCACCCCUCCUGCAAUCUUCCAACACAGUGGAGCAACAGGAAAGAGACGCUAUUGCGAGCGAUGUAGAACAUGCAUACCACCUGAAAUAAAUGUAGUGUAAACUACAGUGAUGUUACCAGUAUAUAGACGUGCAACAAUACAUUGUAUAUAAAUAUUUUACUGUGACAAAAACUAAUCAGAAGUGCUAAUAACGGAUAUUAUAGAAAUGUAUAUCAUUAACACCCAGAGCAGCCAUUUUGAAAUGAGCUCAAGCUUCUUUCCGAGUCGGGAAUACAACAUCGAGGGGCGUUCCCGUAAAACAUUCUGAUUAGGAAUUCGGAAAUUCCGACUUUCCAGUACAAAUAGAACGCACCAAAAGGUUCACUAAUGUCAUGUGGAGCUAAAGCUGUCAAAGAAAGUGUAUAUCCACUUAGCAUUAGCGAAACCCGCUUCCACAAUGGCACCAACAUAAACCGUAGUAACCAGACCAUUAAAUAAGCCUCCGGUGCCUAAUUUCGGUGUUAAAAGUGGUAUUGUACAAGCGAUGUUUGGUAUGCAAUGCUCUUUUUAAACUUUAGUGACAACGUUAACACGCCGAAACAGAAGCCCAACACUGGGGCUUGCCAGGUAUCUAUGCUAGCAAUUAGCCACAACAACAACAACACAGGACUUCCUUAUAGCGAGCUGUCCCAAGUCGUAGUCGUGACCCGGGUUGGACCGCUCUUCUAUGCGUUGUCGACUUGUCCACAUGCAAGAAGUUCCCCCCAUGACCCUAUGCUGGCUUCUUAAUGGACUGGACUCACAUUAUCAUGAAUGUAAAAAUGCAAUAACUACCCGCUCGAUAUCCAUUGCAGCUGGUCACCCAGAAGGGGGGUCCCCACAUCUGUGGCCCCUUCCCAAGUUUUAUUUUUCCCAGCUUGGUCUUUUGGAGUUUUUCCUUUCCCGGAUGCCCUUUGAGACACUUGUGAUUAAGGGCUAUACAAAUAAAUUGUGCAUGGUUGAUUAUGCACCGGACACUGAGUAAGGUUGCAUUCAGGAAGCCCCGGAAUUAUGAGUAUUGACAAGCAAAUUGUUUUUUGCAUGUUCUGUUUUGUAU